CUAUUAAAGGGGACAGAUCUUGAAUAUCCCAUUGCAGAUAUAAAUUGCAAGGAUUUUGCCUGCUUCCUAAUUAUCACAUCAACGUCGCUAAAAGGAGGAGCGCUAGAAAAUACUUCGCACUUGACCACUCCGAAUUAA